AUGAAUCUUCUCUCUGUAUUAUUAAAUACUGUAUUGGGUGUGGUAAUUCUAUUCAAUACUGCCAGUCAAGCUGCCAAACUUCCAAACGGGUUCCGGAGACCUGUGGACAAAUCUCUCGUGUCCCCGGCUUGGUUUGACGGUUACCAUGACUACCAAAGCCAUGUCGAGUACAUCCACGCGCUUUCGGCAAAACAUCCCUCGUUGUCAAGGAUUUUCACGGCCGGAAAGGAUGGCCCCGGCAUAAACCCAGCCGUCGUCUUCUUCGGAACCAUGCACGCCAGGGAGUGGGUCUCUACUAUGGUCACCGAGUACAUUGCCUACAGCCUGCUCGAGGGCUACGACACAGACCGAGAUAUCGAGCAUGCUCUGGACAGUUUUGACUUUUACAUUUUCCCUAUUGUCAACCCUGAUGGUUUCGUCUUCACGCAAACCAAAGACCGCCUAUGGCGCAAGAACCGGCAAGUCAACGCCGACAAAGGCCGAGGCGCCUCCUGUGUGGGCCGCGACCUCAACCGCAACUGGGCCUCGGCCUGGGGCAAAUCCGGUGGUGCAUCAGACAAGCCAUGCCGGCCGACAUUCCGCGGGUUCCGGCCUCUCGACGCACCCGAAACCAGGGCGCUGGCGGUCGAAUUAGAAGCGAUUCGGGAAGAGCAAGGAAUCCGGCUGUUUAUCGACUGGCAUGCGUUUGGGCAGUUGGUUAUGCAUCCCCGCGGUCAUACUUGCGCUCCCUCUCAACAACCAAGCCCACACUCCCCAACGCGUUGGGUCGCAUCCGAGCUCGCUUCUUCCAUGCGUGCUGUCCACGGCGCCGAGUACGGCGCCGGCUCAGCAUGUGAGUUGCUGUAUCCGACGUCGGGCGACAGCGCUGACUACGCCUUUGACGUGUUGAGGGUGGAGUAUGCGUACACUGUGGAACUGCGGCCUGGGAUUGGGAAGGGGAAAGGCGGUCGGGGUGGGAAGAGGAGAUCUGGCGGGUCGGCGGCGGGGUUUGCGUUGCCUGAGAAAGAGAUCCGGAUGGCGGCGGAGGAGGCGUGGGGUGGGGUGAGGCAUGUGUUGCGGUUGAUUCAUGCGUAUUGA